AAUUUGGUUUGCGUAACCACGAGGCACAAGGCCACAAGCGGAGCAGCAAUGCCAUCUUCACCCGCUGCACCAGCGUUUCAUUUUUCUUCUUCUUCAUUUAUUCUUCCUUUCAAUUAUUUCAUGCAUUUCUCUCUCUCUUUCUCUCUCUCUCUCUUAGCCGUUCUUUGUUAUUAACCUCUCUUCCGUUACCAUCUAUGCUUUGAUUUUGUUUUUAGGGGUUCUUCUCUUUCAGAUCCUGUAUGAUCGCCUUUUCUUUCUGAUUUUGUCUCUUCAAAAAAUUUCUGAUUUUUCAGGUGGUGUUGGUUUUGUAGGAUCUGCAGGCACGUUUGUGUUCUUGAAGCGGUUUCUACCCGUUUUGCUUAUUGAGGUGAAAUAUCACUGUGUUGUACCAUCAUUGGGACACUACAUAUUUAAUGUUACAUUAGAAAAUGUUGGAAGGAAACAACAGUAAUCCUCUACUUCCUGUUUUUGUGGAUGAUAGUCGUAUACCCUAUCAGAUCAAUCCUUCAAAUCAGCUGCAGUUAUUUGGUAAUUUUCCAGCUGGAUGUGGUGUUGAUCCAGUGAAUUAUUUUGGGAAUGAAAAUAUGGCCCCUAUGCUUCAGCCCAAUAAGAGAGGCAAGGAAACAGAAGAUUUCAGUAGACAGCAAAAACUACAGAUUUCCUUAAAUUAUAAUAUAUGUCAAGAUGAAGCUGACCGUUCAGCUAGCAUACCAAACCCAAACCCUGUAUCAACUGGGUUACGGUUAUCAUACGAUGAUGAUGAACGAAAUUCAUCUGUAACUUCUGCAAGUGGGAGUAUGACAGUAGCACCGUCAAUCAUCCUGUCCCUUGGUGACAAUAUUAGGACUGAGCUUGAUCGGCAGAAAGAAGAAUUUGAUCAGUAUAUUAAAAUUCAGGAAGAGCAUUUGGCAACGGGGGUGAGGGACAUGAAGCAGAGGCAUAUUGCUUCUUUCCUGGCUGCCAUAGAGAAGGGUGUAAGCAAGAAGCUGCGGGAAAAAGACCUAGAAAUAGACAACAUGAAUCGUAAAAACAAGGAAUUAAUUGAGAGAAUAAAGCAGGUGGCCAUGGAAGCUCAGAAUUGGCAUUACAGAGCAAAAUACAAUGAGUCAGUUGUGAAUGUUCUCAAGAGCAACCUCCAGCAGGCAAUUUCACAGGGUGCAGACCAAGGGAAGGAAGGAUUUGGAGACAGCGAGGUCGAUGAUGCUGCUUCUUACGUUGUCCCUAGCAGCUACCUGAACGUUACAGGUGGGCAUGCAAGACCUCUCACCAAAAAUUGUCAAGGUUUGAUUGAACACAUAACCUGCAGGGCAUGCAAAUCAAAGGAAGUGUGCAUGUUGUUGAUGCCUUGUAGGCAUUUAUGUUUAUGUAGAGACUGUGACAUGUUAAUCAAUGUUUGCCCUGUAUGCCAGUUGAUCAAAACUUCCAGCGUUCAAGUUUACUUGUCGUAAAUUAUCAAGUAAUCGUUCAAAAGUUACAUACAAUCUUGUUGCUGUGAGAUAUACGUUGACAGUUUCUUCCAUGACAUGAGUUGUACGUGGAGUAAACUCUAUUUCACAAAAUGAGGUAUGGGAAAUUAUAUUUUGGUA